CUGGAGCCGUUAGCCGUUAGGCCUCACUUCCGGAAACUACUUACGCAGCUUCCGCUGGUUUCAACAUCGCGCCACCGGAGAUCAGCUGGGAAACAACUGCUCCUCGACGCCAGAAGUUCUUUGUUCGCGUCCAUCGGUGACUCCGGAGCCCGAAAAACACGAUGGCCGACAAGAUGAGCAUGUCCCUGGACGACAUCAUAAAGAUGGGCCGGAAAGAUGGCCGCGGAGGAGGAGGAGGCAGAGGCGGAGGAGGCUCGUUCCGGCGGGGUGGAAGUUCAGCGAGAGCCGGUGGAUCCUCGAGGCCGUCGGCGAGGGGAAGACCGGGAAACUUCAACCGGGAGUGGAGCAACAGACCCGCGCCGUACACCCGGCCCAGAGAGCUGCCGGACGUGUGGCAGCACGACAUGUUUGAGCAGGACGCCGGCGAGAAGAGAGGAGCCCGGGAGGUGCUGGAGAGAGGGGUGGAGAACGGGGGAAAGCUGCUCAUCUCCAACCUGGACUUUGGGGUGUCCGACUCCGACAUCAAGGAGCUGUUUGCAGAGUUUGGGGCUCUGAAGACGGCCUCCAUACACUACGACCGCUCUGGUCGGAGCAAAGGGACGGCGGACGUGCAUUAUUUUAACAAGGCCGACGCCCUCAAGGCCAUGAAGCAUUACGACGGCGUCCCGCUCGACGGCCGCCCCAUGAAGAUCCAGCAGGUGACCCCGGAGGCGGGCGCUCAGAGCUCAAACCGAGGCUUCGACCGGAGCCGUUUGGGCCAGGCCCGGGUGGAGAGGCCCCGGCGGGGGGGCGGCGGUGGGGGGUUCAGGGGCCGGGGGCGGGGGGGCGGCGGGGGGGGGGGCGGGAACAGACCCCAGCUCUCCGCCGAGGAGCUGGACGCUCAACUGGACGCCUACAACGCUCAGUGUCAGAUGGACACCAGCUAA